GGGUCCUCGCGCGGCGCCUCGGCCGCCUUCGCCAAUCGCGGGCGCGUGCCGUGCGCGGCUCCUGAUUGGCCGCGCGGAGCCCCCCGGGGCCAUAAAGCCGGGCCGGCGGCGCGGGGCCUUUGUCUGUCCCUGCCGGGACCCGAGGGCGGCGUCUGCAGCAGCGACUGGUCCCAGCAGUGGCCACAAUGCCAUCAGCCCAGGAGAGCCCAGAGGGGGGAGAGGAGGACAUUUUGCACUAUGAGGAAAUAGAAGAUGAUGCUGUCAGCCCCAUGGACCUUUCGGAGCUGCUGAAGGAGGGGACGAAGGAAUCGCACGACCGCGCCGAGAACACUCAGUUUGUCAAGGACUUCCUCAAGGGCCGCAUCAAGAAGGAGCUCUUCAAGCUGGCCACCGUGGCCCUUUACUUCACCUACUCUGCUCUGGAAGAGGAGAUGGAUCACAACAAGGACAACCCCCUCUUUGCUCCUCUGUAUUUCCCUGUGGAGCUCCACCGGAGAGAAGCUUUGGCCAAAGACCUCAAAUAUUUUUAUGGGGAAGACUGGAAAGAAAAGAUCCAGUGUUCAGAGGCAACUCAGCAGUAUGUGGACAGAAUCCAUCAUGUGGGACAACACGAGCCAGAGCUGCUGGUGGCUCAUGCUUACACACGCUACAUGGGGGACCUCUCAGGUGGCCAGGUGCUGAAGAAGGUGGCCCAGAGGGCCCUGAAGUUGCCCAGUACUGAGGAAGGGAUCCAGUUCUACGUGUUUGACAACAUUUCCAACGCACAGCAGUUCAAGCAGCUUUACAGAGCAAGAAUGAAUGCUCUGGACUUGGACAAGAACACCAAGGAAAGGAUUGUGGAAGAGGCCAACAAAGCCUUCAGAUUUAACAUGCAGGUGUUUGAUGAGCUGGACAAGGUGGGCAGGUCGCUGGGAGAAGAAGCCCAAGAUGGAGGCGUUCCAGUCCACGAUGGAAAGGGAGACAUCCGCAAGUGCCCGUACUAUGCAGACAAACUGGGCACAGCAAGCCCCAGCUGCCCCUUCCAUGCUGCUGUGGGCCUGGCCAGGCAGCCCCUGGUGCAGCUGGUGCUGGCAGCCUGCAUGGCCGUGGCAGCGGGAGCUGCAGCCUGGUACAUCCUGUGACGGGCACAGUCGGGUGUGGCUCUGCCUGGGGGCAAGGGCAGAGAUGGGCCCUGCCUGCUUUCCAACCCUUCCCUUGCUGCUGGUGAGUUGGCUGCAGAGUGGAGUAAGGAAAUAAACAGGAAUCCUGAGGGACUGUCCAGGCCUCCUUGCACACCUCUUUAGCUGAAUAUUGCACAGGACUCGUCAGUGCCAGGGGGUGAGGACUCCACUGCAGCACUGCCCUGCCCAGGCUGGGCUUUUUAAGGCUAAAGAUGUCCUGUCCUGUCCUGGCAAAGGCUUCACAUGCUUGGCUUUUCAUCUCCAUCCCUGAAGCAGUGUCUGGAAGGGGUUUCCUGCCCUGGGUUGCAUCUGCAGAAUGUGUCAUCAGCCUUUCAAACAACGAGCACUUGCUUUCCUACCCUGAGAAGCUGAGGCUGUGCCAUGGGGCUGUUAGCUCAGAGAAGUCUCCUGUUUGGUGCAAUGUGUGAGGAACCAAGUCUGACUCCUGUUGGAAGGAGCUCCCUGGGGAUGGGGGCAGGACCAUGGUGGGGUAUGGAGGUGACAGAUCUGUACUGUGCAACUUCAGGGUUGAGGGUUGGUUGUUGGUUAUUUCUCCUGAAGCCUUGACUGGAAUAAAAAGUUGCAAUGCCGUA